GGCCGCGCACGGCGGGGUCCGGGAGCCAGGCCGGCGCCCCGAAGCCAUUUCCGGGAGGGGCGGGGCCGGCGGCGGCCGGGCCUCUAAUCCUGGCUGCGGCAGAGGAGACCUGGUAGUCCGUAUCCCUUGGCUCGCGAGUAGGUCGAGCGCUGAGGAAGACGUGGGAGGUGGAGGUGGCAGGCGUGGGAGAGUGCUCGAGGGAAGGAGACGGGAAGCUGGUUCCGGCGUGAGGAGAUUCUGAAGAAGAGGAGGCUGAACGAGGAAGAUGCCUAGCACAGACCUUCUGAUGUUGAAGGCCUUUGAGCCCUACUUAGAGAUUUUGGAAGUAUACUCCACAAAAGCCAAGAAUUAUGUAAACGGGCAUUGCACCAAGUAUGAGCCCUGGCAGCUAAUCGCAUGGAGUGUCGUGUGGACCCUGCUGGUAGUCUGGGGAUAUGAGUUUGUCUUCCAGCCAGAGAGUUUAUGGUCAAGGUUUAAAAAGAAAUGUUUUAAGCUCACUAGGAAGAUGCCCAUUAUUGGUCGUAAGAUUCAAGACAAGUUGAACAAGACCAAGGAGGAUAUUAACAAGAACAUGUCAUUCCUGAAGGUGGACAAAGAGUAUGUGAAAGCUUUGCCCUCCCAGGGUCUGAGCUCAUCUGCAGUUUUGGAGAAACUUAAAGAGUACAGCUCUAUGGAUGCCUUCUGGCAAGAGGGGAGAGCCUCUGGAACUGUGUACAGUGGGGAGGAGAAGCUCACUGAGCUCCUUGUGAAGGCUUAUGGAGAUUUUGCAUGGAGUAACCCCCUGCAUCCAGAUAUCUUCCCAGGAUUACGCAAGAUAGAGGCAGAAGUUGUGAGGAUAACUUGCUCCCUGUUCAAUGGGGGACCAGAUUCAUGUGGAUGUGUGACUUCUGGGGGGACAGAAAGCAUAUUGAUGGCCUGCAAAGCAUAUCGGGACCUGGCCGUUGAGAAGGGGAUCAAAACUCCAGAAAUUGUGGCUCCCCAAAGUGCCCAUGCUGCAUUUAACAAGGCAGCCAGCUAUUUUGGGAUGAAGCUUGUGCGGGUCCCACUGACGAAGAUGAUGGAGGUGGAUGUUCGGGCAAUGAGAAGAGCCAUCUCCAGGAACACUGCCAUGCUCGUCUGUUCUACCCCACAGUUUCCUCAUGGUAUAAUGGAUCCUGUCCCUGAAGUGGCCAAGCUGGCUGUCAAAUACAAAAUACCCCUCCACGUCGACGCUUGUCUGGGAGGCUUCCUUAUCGUCUUUAUGGAGAAAGCAGGAUACCCACUGGAGUACCCAUUUGAUUUCCGGGUGAAAGGUGUGACCAGCAUUUCAGCUGAUACCCAUAAGUAUGGCUACGCCCCGAAAGGCUCAUCAGUGGUGUUGUAUCGUGACAAGAAGUACAGGAACUAUCAGUUCUUCGUUGAUACAGAUUGGCAGGGUGGCAUCUAUGCUUCCCCAACCAUCGCAGGCUCUCGGCCCGGUGGCAUUAGCGCAGCCUGUUGGGCUGCCUUGAUGCACUUCGGUGAGAACGGCUAUGUUGAAGCUACCAAACAGAUCAUCAAAACUGCUCGCUUCCUCAAGUCAGAACUGGAAAAUAUCAAAGGCAUCUUUGUUUUUGGGAAUCCCCAGUUGUCAAUCAUUGCUCUGGGAUCCCGUGAUUUUGACAUCUACCGAUUAUCAAACCUGAUGACUGCUAAGGGGUGGAACCUGAACCAGCUGCAGUUCCCACCCAGUAUUCAUUUCUGCAUCACAUUAGUACACGCCCGGAAACGAGUAGCUAUACAAUUCCUGAAGGACAUCCGAGAAUCUGUCACUCAAAUCAUGAAGAAUCCUAAAGCGAAGACCACAGGAAUGGGUGCCAUCUACGGCAUGGCUCAGACAACUGUGGACAGGAAUAUGGUUGCAGAAUUGUCCUCGGUCUUCUUGGACAGCCUGUACAGCACAGACACUGUCACCCAGGGCAGCCAGAUGAAUGGUUCUCCAAAACCCCACUGAGCUUGGACCCUUUCUAGUCCCAAGGGGCUUCAGCCGUCAGAAGGUUCUUGGGGUGUGGAACAGGCCAUGUGCAACUUCAACAUCUGGUCUGGCUCCAUAGAGCACAACUCAAGACAGACUAUGAGAAGCUUGAGCCUCAGGAUUCUUGUUCCUCCUCUUGUCAUCCUUGUGUGGUUUUUAAUUUGAAGACCCCAGAGGAUUCCAUUAUAUAAUGAUUUUGCCCUUGUUAUAAAUGUUACCCUAGGAAUUAUUGUAACCAUUUCCUGUUCUAAACUCUCUAGCUUUCAACUUCACUUAAGCAUUGUGGGGCAGCUCUGACCUGUCCUGAUUCUGUAGAGAGAAGCUGGGGUGCGGUUUAUGAGAUAGCUAGAGUUUCUUUCUUAGACUGGAGGCGUUUACGUAACAGAUGUUUCCCCAGCUGGGUGUGAGGUAUACUCUAAGCAGGCGGCUUUUCCAGCCUCCACCCACUUUUGAGACGUUUUGUUCUUUUGCCCAGGCUGGAGUGCAGUGGCAUGAUCGCGGUUCACUGCAAUCUCCACCCCCCAGGUUCAAGCAAUUCUUCUGCCUCAGCCUCUGGAGUAGCUGGGAUUACAAGCAUCUGCCACCACACCCAGCUAAUUUUUUGUAUUAUUAGUAGAGACGGGGAUUUUGCCAGCUGGUCUCAAACUCCUGAUCUCAGGUGAUCCACCUGCCUCGGUCUCCCAAAGUGCUGGGAUUACAGGUGUGAGCCAUCAUGCCCCACCCUCUCUCUCUUAAGAGUAGGUUUGUUGUCUAUCUUAGAAUCACUUCUAUUGCAACUCAUUUUGUUUUUCAGGGACACAGAUCGACCAGGCUGCUGUUCCCUAAUAUGCAGGACAGGACUAUUCUAGCUUACCUGCUCAGUCCACCCAGGCAGAGUUUAAGGUGGUCUCUUCUGUGUCUGCAGUCCCCAUUUGACACUUGGUUGCCACCAUUUUUGGAGAUAAUUGUUUAAAAUGAUGCUCCCAUUGGCUUGUUCUUGUUCCCAUGGACUAGGAAGAGAACGUGGUUUCCAAAUAUUCUAGGAGCUUUUGGCCAUGGUGCUGCCUCCUGGAAUUGCUAGUAGUCAAAGCACAGCUGAGCUCUAUCCUGAGCUGAUGGUGAGCAGAUAGUCAGAUUUCCUGACUGACUGACUAGGAUGAGCACCCAGAUUCAAAUUUGUCACCAGAGUUGGUAUUAGUCCUUCCCUGCACCCUUGCGUGAAGCCAUCAUGUAAUGAAAAUAUGUUUGCUUGAAGGAACAGCUCAAAGCACCUUCACAAGUUGCCUUGACUUACCCUAGGUGGGUGUGAAAGAGCACCUAUUGCAAGGAAAAUUUUCUCUAUUAGUGUGUUCUUCUGCCUCUUCCCCCUUGAUUCAGCUUUCUAAGGUACUAUGGCAGUUUCGCCUCAGGUGCUGGACAUUUUUCAGCUGUGGCAGCACAGGGAGAGAAACAGGAAAGCAGAAUGGCGAGCAGCCUUAUGGCCCAGGGCCUAUAAUCCCAAGACUAGCUGCUCAGGGUGGUGCAGAGACAGGACCAGACCCUGUGCCCACUUCCUGCCCUCUUUCCCCUGUAGAGAACUCUCCCCUAGGCUGAGCCACUGUCCUGCUCUAAUGACAUCAUACCAUGUGCCUUUCUUCUCAACAGUGAGCAGUGAGCUACUCCUGGCCCAGGCCUUAGGGGAAAUUUGGAUCAGUCUUUGAGGUUUCUAUUUGGGUAGGGGAGUACUUAGGACAGGUCAGGAGACACUUUCCUCUGUUCCAUUCCCCAUCUCAGGGACUCCUGAAUAUUCAGCCUCUCCAGGCUGGUAUCUUCUAGUUUCCCCGGCUGGGAAUGCUGGCUGGGAGAGCCAGGACUAGCAGACUUUUCCUCAAGCUCCUAGCACAUUAGUCUAAAGUGUUCUUCAGCACUGUACUACUUACCUAACAACUGUGACUAGGUGGCCACGCCAUUUAGGGCUGGUGUGGCAUUUAUGUGUGUGUGUUUUUCCUGUUUGCUCCACAGUGCAUUGGGGGUUCCCAGAGUGGGUAAUGUCUGUGCGUGCGUGUGUGUGUGUGUCAGAGGGAGACCUGGCAGGUACCUCUUUGAGAGUAGUUGUAGUCAAAGCUGUGUGGUCAGUGCAUUAUGUUGGAGGAGGUCCAGGAAGCCACAACCACCCAGCAGACAGACACCACUGUGGCUUGCUAGCUACCAAGAUGGAGAAGCAUGUCCCCUAUGGAGUGUCUCCCCAGAACCAGACCCCUGAGCCACUCGCUUCCUCUGUGCUGUGACAACUUUGGUGCCAGGGGAGUUGGUGUUUUUCAAAGGGACCUACUGUAGCCACUUUAAUUUACAAUUAAGAGCCUUAGUUUGACUUUAACACUUGUGUAGGCUUUUCAUUUUGUAUUUCUGUGUAUGUGUGCAUAUAGCAACUAGUUUGUGGCAGAGGUGGGAGAGAGUCUUAAUAGUAUCAUGUCGAAUGCAGAUGUCACAUUGGCCUCUGCAAAAACUGUACUGUCUUGUUUCUGCAUUAGACUUAAGUAGUCAUGUGAAUACUGCUGUGUCACUUUUAAUAUUACGAGUUUUAUACUUGGAAAAUGGUACUUGCUUCUUUUAAAUCUCUGUCUUCUCUAACCUCCCCCUUCUCAUCUUAAUCCUCCCUUCCUAAUUGCAGCAAUAAUCUCAAAAAGCAAUUAAAUAGCUAAAUGACCCUAACUGUAAUUACUGUGAAUGGUUGCAUUCAUUUGAUUACUCAGGCACAGACAAGAUCACAAAUGGGGCGGUAGCCAUGCUUGAAGGGGCUCCUGGUGAGAGAGUGCCUCCUGGUGGUGAAGCAAUUCAUCUGAUUUCCCGACACAGUUAAGCAGCAAUCUGUCUCAUUUCCAGGCAUGUUCAUAGGUCGCUGAUUGGUCCCUAGUAGUAGUGGUCAUAUCUAUUUCAGAGAGGUCUGAAAUUCAGGUUCUUAGUUUGCCAGGGACAGACCCUGUCUUAUGUUUUCUUCCAUCUUCAUCAUCCACGUCUGCCUACACUUUGCUGCUUACAACAACAAGGGAUUGAGCCAUCUUGGUGAUCUCUAGCCAGCUGGGCAGUGUGGUUCUUUCUAACCAAAGGGCAUUGGCCUCAAGCCCUACAUUUGGUAUAGGGGCUGACAGAGCUCCUCAGAUAAUCUUCUCACACAUGUAACUGCUGGACAUCUUAUUCUAUUAUGAAUAAGAAAUGAGAAGUUUUCCCAAAGGGUUAGUUAGGAUCUGAAGACUGUCAUUCAGAUAAUUCACCUUUUCCUUUUGGCUUUUGGCCCAUUCAGACUUUGCCAGAAUCAAGCCAAGGACUGCUUUUUGUUGCUACAGUUUUCUGCCAGAUAGCCUAGUUCCUGAGUACCUGGAAACCAGAGAGAAAGAGGAUCCAGUAUAUGCGUGGAUUAGAAGGCCUGGCUCAUCUAGGAAGUCACGUCUGGGGUGCUUAUUGCUGCUCCAUACAGCUGCAGGCCCGCCCCUUGGCCUACUCUGUAGGUUCUUGGCUGCCAUGAGUAGCUUUCAGCCAGUGACAAGUAGUUACUGAGUCCUAAUUUGAUAGCCACAAACUAUACCCUGGGUAGGCAAAGUCAGAUUUUUGAGAACCUUUUCUUGACUUGAAGUUUUAAUUACCUUCUUUUAUGCUUUCCUCUGUCUCGUAAUUUCUUCUCUCAAUAUCCUUCCCUAUAAUUUCAAUUAUUUGGAUUAAUUUUAGAAUAAAUUUAUUUAUUUCUAAAAAAAAAA